UUCAGUCUGCCAGUAAUUAAUCCUUCACUUGAUCAUCAUGGAGUACGUUGUUAACCCAAAAAAGGCAAUUGGAACGCUUAUUGCCUUCAUCUUGGUCUGCUUAUCUCUUUGGAGAGCCAAGGCCAUUAAGAAGGAUCACAAAACCAAGAGAAGCCAGGUCCCCACACCAUCUGGUGCCUUACCAAUUAUUGGUCACCUCCAUUUGCUUGGGAGCCAUAACCCAAAACACCGCACCCUCGGAGCCAUGGCCGAUAAGUACGGCCCAGCUAUCAUGCUCCGCCUUGGUGUGUAUCCCACAUUGGUGGUGAGCAGUUGGGAGCUGGUCAAGGACUGCUUCACCGCCUCCAACUGGAAAGUUUUUGCUACACGGCCCCGUUUUGCUGCGGCCAAGUACUUGGGCUACAACUACGCCAUUUCUGGAUCCACUCCUUAUGGGACAUACUGGCGUGGAAUGAGAAAGAUGGCCACACUUGAGCUCCUCUCCAAAACCCGCCUGCACAAGUUGAAGCAUAUAAGAGUCUCUGUUAUAGACUUAUCUAUCAAAGAAUUGUACUCACUUUGGGCCAAGGAUGGUGGUACCCAUCCUGUAAAGGUGGAGAUGAGGCAGUGGUUUGAGCAAAUGAGCUUAAACAUAAUCACUGAAAUGAUCGCCAGCAAACGAUAUUAUGGAAACAUGAUAACAGGGUACAAGGAUGAGGCCCAGAGAUUCAGAAAGGCGACUGCUCAACUCAUGUAUUUUUUUGGGAUGUUUGUAGUUUCGGAUGCACUGCCCUAUUGUGAAUGGUUAGACUUUGGGGGACAUAUCAAAGAAAUGAAGAAUGUUGCUACUGAAUUUGACUCUUUAAUUGGAAAUUGGCUGGAAGAACAUCGUCUCAAGAUUGCCAAGAAGAAGAAGAAAGGGGCAGCUGGUGAAGAAAGUGAGCUUGAUGACUUCAUUGAUGUGAUGCUCUCAACUCUCCCCGAAGACAAUUUCCAGUCUAACUAUGACCAAGAUACCAUCAUCAAGGCAACCGUACUGCAAUUCAUCACAGCUGCCGUGGAUACUACAUCAAUAGCCAUGACGUGGGUAGUGUCCUUCCUCAUGAACAAUCACCAUGUAUUACAAAAGGCCCAAGAUGAGAUAGCCAUCCAUGUUGGCAGAGAUAGGAAUGUGGAGGAAAAUGAUAUCGAGAAUCUACCUUACCUCAAAGCGAUCAUAAAGGAAACGUUGCGAAUCUGCCCUCCUUCACCUCUAGGAUUACUACACGAGGCCAUGGAAGACUGUGAAGUGGGUGGAUAUCAUGUACCCAAAGGCACUCGUUUAGUUGUAAAUAUAUGGAAAUUGCAUCAUGAUCCUCAUGUGUGGCCAGACCCACAUGAAUUCAAACCAGAGAGAUUUCUCACUACACAUGCAGAUAUAGAUGUUAAGGGCCAGAAUUUUGAGUUGAUCCCUUUUGGCUCUGGCAUACGAUGGUGCCCAGGUUUUGACUUGGCCACACAGAUCGUGCACUUGGCACUUGCUCGUCUACUUCAUGCAUUCAACUUGGAUACCCUUUCCAAUUCUCCAGUGGACAUGACUGAAGGCUUAGGCAUCACAAUGCCCAGAGCAAUUCCACUAGAAAUCCUUCUCUCCCCACGACUUCCUUCUGAGCUAUACUAGCCAAAACACUAAAAAUUAAAGAUACAUAUAUAAAAAAAAAUUGAGUUUCGAUCCUCUCCCGACGUGGUGACCUUCUUACAUGAGAUCUCACCGCUUAUGAGAAAACUUAAACUAAAGAUUUCAUCUUGGAUUGGUGUCAAUCCUGUAUGCCUUAUGUUUUUUGUUGUUCAAUAAGAUUUUUCUUCCACAAAAUAUUAGUGGUGUAAUUGAAUGCAUCAAAAUAUCACCAUGUGUUUUCAGCCCUCUAUGUAUUGACAUGGAAGUUCUUGUAAUUCUCUUAUGAACAUAUAAUUUUUUAAGCUUUAUUUUACCA